CCCAACGUGGAGGAGCCGCUGUCGGAGAGCAGCCUGGCGCCCGCGGGGAAGACGCUGAAGGAUCUCAUCUCCGACAUGACCACCUCCGGCUCCGGCUCCGGUUUACCGCUGCUGGUGCAAAGGACGAUCGCGAGGACGAUCGUGCUGCAGGAGAUCGUGGGGAAGGGCCGGUUUGGCGAGGUCUGGCGGGGGAAGUGGUGCGGGGAAGACGUAGCUGUGAAAAUCUUCUCCUCCAGAGAUGAGCGGUCCUGGUUUCGGGAAGCAGAGAUCUACCAGACAGUGAUGCUGAGACACGAGAACAUCCUGGGCUUCGUGGCUGCCGACAACAAGGAUAACGGGACGUGGACUCAGCUGUGGCUUGUCUCCGAGUACCACGAGCAGGGGUCCCUGUUCGACUACCUGAACCGGGGCACGGUGACGGUGGAGGGCAUGGUCAGGCUGGCGCUGUCGGUGGCCAGCGGCCUGGCGCACCUCCACAUGGAGAUCGUCGGCACGCAAGGCAAACCGGCCAUCGCACACCGGGACCUGAAAUCCAAGAACAUCCUGGUGAAGCGGAACGAGAGCUGCGCCAUCGCCGACCUGGGCCUGGCCGUGAAGCACGACUCGGUGCUGAACACCAUCGACAUCCCCCAGAACCCCCGGGUGGGCACCAGGAGGUAUAUGGCUCCCGAGAUACUUGAUGAUGUGAUGAACACGAGCAUCUUCGAGUCCUUCAAGCGUGCAGACAUGUACUCUCUGGGGCUGGUCUACUGGGAGAUAGCCCGGCGGUGCUCCGUUGGAGGAAUCACCGAGGAAUACCAGUUGCCUUACUAUGACGUUGUGCCUUCUGAUCCUUCGAUAGAAGAUAUGAGAAGGGUAGUUUGUGAGCAGAAGCUCAGACCAAAUAUUCCAAACCAGUGGCAAAGCUGCGAG